AAAACUGUUAGGAUGUGAUAUGUCCAUCGUCUUCGGUUACAUUAAUCUGGCACUGGCUAUGAAAACAUUUCUUAUAGACGAAUUAGAGAUCUUCUCCCGAUAUGUGUCCUCUUUUAAGACAUGUCCAGUUUUUAAGACAUAUCCAACUCUCAAAAGCAAAAUGUCUGAUCCAGGGAACAUGGACAAUGCAACUGAUAUUGAUCGUGAUCUUACCCGUAUGUGCGAGGAGACACAUCGAGCAAAUACAUAUGGGGAUUGUGAUCAAUAUGUUCACCAUCCAAAAAUAAUGGCAAAAGCUGGUUUCUAUGAACUAGAUAAGAGACUGAUUUGCUUCAGAUGUGGUUUAAACAUCGAUAUCGAUGACAUUGGAAAAACUGAUGACAUCGUGGAAGUUCACCAGACAAAGAGGCCAAGUUGUGUAUUCGCACGGAAUUUACCUUCGCUUCCGAGAUCGAGACUAGUUGUUGCGUCUGAUUUAAGAUACGAAACGAAAAGACUAGAAACCUUUAUAGACUGGCCGUUAGGCGAAGUAAUAGAAGCAAGGGAUCUUGCCGCCGCUGGCUUUUUUUAUUCAAGAAGGAACGUUGAGUGCAUUUGUUUCUGUUGCAAGGUGCGCAUAUCGUUUAAACCGUGUACACGGCACGGUUGCUGUGCUCGACACGCUUCUACGUCUCAAUAUAUAACAGAAAAACAUUUAAAUAGCGCCUACUGUGAUUUUGCAAUGGAAAAGGUAACCGGUAAUGUACCUAUUCGUAUAAAUAAGAUUAUAAGUAAGAUCAUCGGUCAUCAAGAAACAGAUAACGAAAAAAACAGCUGUGGUAACAACGAAGGAAGAAGCCGUGGAGCUAGUGGCGAAGAAGACGGUGGAGAUUCACGCGAGUCGGAAAAUGACAGUUCCUCGAGAAUCAGUGCUGGUAACAUAUUAUCGGAGAUGGGUAUCGAAUCGUAUUCUGGACCAGAGCACGAAAAUUUCGUAACGCCAAUAAGUCGCAAAUACACCUAUGACGAUUGGCCUCUGGGAGAUAUAAUGCUCCCCAAAAAACUGAUAGCUGCUGGAUUCUUUUAUUCGGGUAAACCUCUUUCGGAUCGAAGCAUCGCUAUUGAUACCAAUCUUCCGUUUUCAGGGUACGGCGACCACGUAAAUUGUUUCCACUGUGGUGUUGGUAUCCGCAAUUGGGAAAAGGGUGAUGACCCAUGGACACAACACGCUAUGUGGAAUCCUGAGUGUCAUUAUGUUCGAACCUUAAUGGGACAAACAUUUAUCGAUACGGCAAAGACGGUCAAGAAUGUGCUUUUUAGAAAACCUACUCGUGAAAGAACUUAUUCUGUAACGGACGAAGAUUGGAAUGCUGUUAUGGGUCUGGAUAUCACCAAAGAUUUGCUGAUAUCACUCUUUCCAGUUGCUGCCGUCAGAGAUUGUGUUCGAGAACAGAUUCUAGUUCAUAAAAUCCCAUUUAUUACCAAACAUGAAGGUCUUUAUUAUGUGAGAGAGAAAAUAGCAGCAUACGGUAAUAUGGAUAUAACCUUAGCAAAAAAGAUCAGCCAUAUGAGCACGGAAUAUAUUCAAAAUUACCAUGCGGUAUAUUCUGUGAUGUAUUUUUUGAUGGACCUUAAGAGAAUAUUCAUUAUGAAUCAAGAUGUAGAUCGGAAUGUCUCUAUUGAUUUAUUCAAACCGGAUCAGUCAUUAUUUCUGUUCAGACAACCUUCAUAUAACCCUGUCGCAACACCAAUGGGUCAGCCAACUGGAAAUGUUCCCAUUGUUAAAGGCAAUAUCUUGCCGGGUUACGGUACUACAUGCGAGUCUGGCGUUUGCGGAUCAAGACGUGUUGAGGCCGACGCUUGCAGUUUUUGUCGAGACAUAUGGCGGAUGUACCCCAAAGCAGUGGGGACAUAUCCAAAAUCUCAAGCAAAGACGGUCAGAAUGUGCUUUUUAGAAACCUCUCGUGAAAAAAAUUUUCUGUUAACGGACGAAGAUUGGAAUGCUGUUAUGGUUGGAUAUACCAAAGUUUUGCGGAUAUCACUCUUCCAGUUGCUGCCGUCAGAGAUUGAGGCUCCUGAUAGUGUAAUUGGCGAUCGAUACUUAUGCAAGAUUUGCUUGAACUCUUGCGCGUAUGAUUUAUUAUUCGAAUAUAAAAUAAUUCUAGGUGUAUAA